AUGCUGCCCGCAGGCCUUGAGGGUCCCCACGCACUCACCCAGCGGCCUCUGCGUCUGCUGCUCCUGCUGUGGCUGCUGCUGCGGCCGGUAACCUGCGCGCAGACCACGCAGGGCGCUACCAGCGCCUGGAGCCCUAGCGCCGCGACCAGGCCGGACACCUCCAGUGCCCCAACUGCGACAGGCACCCCAACAACGCCAGGUACCUCCGGAGCCCCGAGUCUGCAGGAGCGCGCGCGGGCCCUGAUGCGGGACUUCCGGCUCGUGGAUGGCCACAACCACCUGCCCCUGCUCCUGAAACAGCGUUUCCAGAACAAGCUGCAAGAUGUGAACCUGCGCAAUUUCAGUCUUGGCCAAACCAGCCUGAACAAGCUCAGGGAUGGCCUUGUGGGUGCACAGUUCUGGUCAGCCUCCGCCCCAUGCCACACCCAGGACCAGGAUGCUGUGCGUCUCACGCUGGAGCAGAUUGACCUCAUUCGUCGCAUGUGUGCUUCCUACUCUGAACUGGAGCUUGUGACCUCAGCCAAAGGACUGAACAGUACUCAAAAGCUGGCCUGCCUUAUUGGCGUGGAGGGUGGGCACUCACUAGACAGCAGCCUCUCUGUGCUGCGCAGUUUCUAUCUCCUGGGAGUACGCUACCUGACACUCACCUUCACCUGCAACACGCCUUGGGCAGAGAGUUCCACCAAGUUUCAACACUUCUACACCAACAUCAGUGGGUUGACAAGCUUUGGUGAGAAGGUGAUAGGAGAGAUGAACCGCCUGGGCAUGAUGGUGGACUUGUCCCAUGGGUCGGACACCUUGGUGCGGCAAGCGCUGAAGGUGUCUAGGGCUCCUGUGAUCUUCUCCCACUCAGCUGCCAAGGCUGUGUGCGACAAUAUGCUGAAUGUCCCCGAUGACAUCCUGCAGCUUCUGAAGAAAAAUGGUGGCAUUGUGAUGGUGUCGCUGUCCAUGGGGGUGCUGCAGUGUAACCUGCUUGCUAAUGUGUCCACCGUGGCAGAUCACUUUGACCACAUCAGGGCAGUCAUUGGAUCUGAGUUCAUCGGGAUUAGCGGAAAUUAUGAUGGGUCUGGCCGGUUCCCUGAGGGGCUGGAGGAUGUGUCCACAUACCCGGUACUGAUAGAGGAGUUGCUGAGGCAUGGCUGGAGGGAGGAAGAGCUUCAGGGUGUCCUCCGUGGAAACCUGCUGCGGGUCUUCAGACAGGUGGAACAGGUGAGAGAGGAAAACAGUGGCCAGAGCCCUGCAGAGGAUGAAUUUCCAAACAGGCAGGUGGGCACGUCUUGCCACUCCCACCUCCUGACUCAACCUCAGAGUGAACACCUGGCCAAACACCGGGUGGGAAACACGUGGCCAACCAAUCAGGCCCCCCAGAGGCCCUUAAAAGCUUGGCCAUACCUCGUUCUAGGCCUCAUGGCUGCUGCCACCUUCUCAAUCCUCAUCCUAUGGCUCUAGUGACCUGACCAGUCCCCCGGAAGUCACUGUGGCAAAGUCUCACAAAAUUCCUCUUCUAG